UGGAAGCACAGAAUUCGUCGCCUAUUGGAACUCUCAUACUCUCCUCCUCUCUGUCUCUCUCUCGUUCGUGUUCACGAGGAGACGUAUUCUCUCAUCAAGACCUGGUCGUCCCUUUCCCUCUCAUACACAAUUCUCUCAAAUUUCCAUCUCCCCUUUCUCUCUCUUACGUUUUCGAUCAUCGUGGGUUCUACUCAAGAUUAAUCUCGUAUUUUCUACCGACACCAUAAACAAGAAGAUAUCUUCUUUGAUCACUGCUACAAGGCAUAGGAUCUGAUUUGAAUACAGACUACUUAUUAAGAAGGGAUUUCCCAAAUGUUAAAUUUUGGCAGGGCCAGAACUCAAGCAAGGGGUACUAGAAAUAUGCCUUUCUCUGGCAUGGAUUAUGCAGACCCGAAAAGGAAGGGUAAUUUUGUAGGGAAGGUCCUUUUGGCUGCUGCUUUGACAGCCUUAUGCAUUAUUGUGCUGAAGCAAUCCCCAACCUUUAAUAGCCCUAGCCCGUUUUCUAUCCGUGAAACGGGUGUAACUCAUGUCCUAGUGACGGGCGGUGCUGGCUAUAUUGGUUCACAUGCUGCUUUACGGCUUCUUAAGGAAUCAUAUCGUGUAACCAUAGUGGACAACCUUUCGAGGGGAAAUAUAGGUGCCGUCAGGGUUCUACAAGAAUUAUUUCCAGAACCUGGGAGGCUCCAGUUUAUAUGUGCUGACCUGGGGGAUGCAAAAGCUGUUAACAAAAUAUUCUCAGAAAACGCAUUUGAUGCUGUGAUGCAUUUUGCAGCAGUUGCUUAUGUUGGCGAAAGUACGCUUGAUCCUCUUAAGUAUUAUCACAAUAUUACAUCAAAUACCCUGGUAGUGCUAGAAUCAAUGGCUGCUCAUGGUGUGAAGACUCUGAUUUAUUCCAGUACAUGUGCAACAUAUGGCGAGCCUGAGAAGAUGCCCAUUACUGAAGAAACUCCGCAGAACCCAAUCAAUCCCUAUGGGAAAGCUAAGAAGAUGGCAGAAGAUAUCAUCCUGGAUUUUUCUAAGAAUUCAGACAUGGCAGUUAUGAUUUUAAGAUAUUUCAAUGUAAUUGGAUCAGAUCCAGAGGGCAGACUAGGAGAAGCUCCGAGACCUGAACUUCGUGAGCAUGGUCGAAUUUCUGGUGCUUGUUUUGAUGCUGCUCGUGGUAUUAUGAAUGGGUUGAAGGUUAAAGGAACGGACUAUAAAACCCCUGACGGCACUUGUGUCCGGGACUAUAUAGAUGUUACUGAUCUGGUUGAUGCUCACGUGAAAGCUCUCCAGAAGGCAGUGCCUAGCAAAGUCGGAAUCUACAAUGUUGGUACUGGAAAAGGUAGAUCAGUAAAGGAGUUUGUGGAGGCAUGUAAGAAGGCAACUGGAGUAGAUAUCAAAGUUGAUUACUUGCCCCGACGGCCUGGUGACUAUGCUGAAGUAUACAGUGACCCGACUAAGAUCUUGCGUGAGUUGAACUGGACAGCACAGUACACUGAUCUUCAGAAGAGUUUGCAGGUAGCAUGGAGAUGGCAAAAGUCCCACCGCGACGGGUAUGGAUCCUCUCAAGUGAUGUCUUCCUGAGAAGUUUAGUCACUACAGAAAUUCAAUGCAAACCCCUCGGCAGCACAGAGAAUGCUGUACUUCUAUCUCUAUAGAAGAAGGUUUCGAACCGAGGUUAGUUUUUUUAACCCUUCUUACGAGUAAGGGUUAGUUGUAGGGAGUGGCCAAUUCAUUAUAUGUAAUUGAUAGAUUAUAGCUUAAUAAUAUAUAUUGCCCAGGCGCAGGUAUAGCCUUUAUCGAGUCAUACAGUAUAAUGGGGCAAAUAUGAAUUCAAUUGGCUGUUUCCAUGUUGAGUGCAAAUGAGGUUACGGCCACAAA